UACGAUAUUGAUUAUGAGGAGACUUUUGCUCCUGUUGUCAAAAUGCAGACAGUCCGGUGUGUCUUUGCUGUGGCGGCCAUGAAGAGUUGGCCUCUCCUUCAACUCGACGUCAAGAAUGCUUUUCUUCACGGUGAUCUGAAGGAGACUGUGUAUAUGGAGCGACCUCCUGGCUAUGCGAAGGGCGAUUCUACGAUGGUUUGUAAAUUGAACAGGUCAUUAUAUGGUUUGAAGCAGGCACCUCGUGUCUGGUUUGAGAAGUUUCAUGGGACGAUACUUCAGGUUGGGUUUGCUCAAAGUCGGAACAAUUCGUCUCUCUUCACUCGUCGUAUGAUUGAUGGUAUUGUGGUCCUUCUGAUUUAUGUUGAGGACAUGAUUGUUACGGACAGCGAUGCAGAAGGGAUCCGAGAGUUGACUAAAGCCUUGCGGUGCGCGUUCAACCUCAAAGAGAUGGGUGAGGUCUCGUAUUUCCUUGGCUUGGAGGUGCGCCGCUCGUCGCAUGGUCUUUUUGUGUCUCAACGCAAAUACAUUCUGGAUUUGCUGGAGUCCUCCCAGUUUGCUGAUUGUGUACCGUGCUCUACUCCGAUGGAGCAAAAUCUGAAACUCAGCCGCGAAGGGGGGGGGGGAAGUGAUGGAAGAUCAGUCUGUUUAUCGCAGUUUAGUAGGAAGUCUCAUUUACCUGACUCACACUAGACCUGACAUUUUGUAUGUCGUACAAGUGGUAAGUCAGUAUAUGGGUGUGGCUACUAAUCUGCAUUUAGUUGCUGUUCACAGACUUCUGCGGUAUUUGAAACAGACACAAGAUGUUGGGUUAUUCUUUCCGGCGAAAGGUGAUCCCAAGAUUGAGGCAUUUGCAGAUUCAGACUAUGCAGGGUGUAUAGAUACUCGGAGGUCAACAUCGGGCUGGUGUGUUUGAUUCGGAAAAUCUUUUGUGAGUUGGAGAUAUCGCAAACAAGAUAGAGUGCCUAAAUCUUCUACAGAAGCAGAGUAUCGGUCCAUGUUAGAGGUAAGUUCAGAGUUGGUUUGGCUAUUUCGGCUACUAGGCGAGUUGGGUGUUGAGUGUCCAGUUCCAAUGCGUAUAUAUGGGGACAACACAAGUGCGAUUCAUAUCGCGAUCAAUCCUGUUCUACAUGACAGGACAAAGCACAUUGAAGUUCAUGUUCAUUACAUUAGACAGUUAGUGGCAGAAGGAAAGAUACAAGUUGGGUACCUCUCUACAGAAGAUCAAACUGCAGAUCUGUUGACAAAGACUGUUGCUUCAAGUAGGCAUUGGUAUAUGUCGUCCAAAUUGAUGUUGCGCACCGCACAUCAAUUUGAGGGAGGGUGUUGAAGUUUAUUGGUUUAGGUACCAACUUGUAAUUAUCCAAUGCCAUGUAUGUCUAUGUAAUUGUUCUUUAUGCGUGUUUCCUCAUAUAUAUAGAUAGCCGAACCCUCUGUACUUGGUUAAGGAGUUUUGGUGAUUAUAGUGAAACCCUUUUGGAGAGAAGGAUCUCUUUCUGCAAUUCAUCUAAAUUCAGAACACACAAUCUCCCAUUCAGUAUUAGAAUCUCAUUUUGAAGAGGAAGACAAAGAGAGAGCGAGAGGACACAUUUAAAAGAGGGGGAAAUGAAGUAUUGUGUAAUAAUUGCCCUUUUGCUUUGCUUAGUGGGUCUUCUUGACCGUCUUCUAUUGAGUUUUGAUUUAUUUAAGGAAAUGACAUUAUAGUUGACAGAUUUUUUUCCAUAUCAAUCUAAAAUCUUAAAUCAAUAUUAUCGUUUGGAUGAUUUUUUCCUGAAUACGAUUAUAGUAAUUUCUGAGAUUUAAAGGGUAUUUGAUAAUGUCAAUAUUUUAGUGGUUUUUUAUUUAAAGUUUGAAUUGAAAGAUCUCACGUACCGGUAGUUCGACCAUAAAGCAUCACACCAUAGGCUAAAUCGAUAAGUGAUAUUUAGCAACACGAAACGAUUUAACCACGGUUAAAUUAUGACUUCAAUAUAAAAUACUCUAUUAUCAACUUUUUCGAUACGAUUUUACAAUCUUUUGGUUCAAACAAUUCUUUUACUCUGGUGGAAACAAAAGUUUUAAGGCACA